AUGCUGUGCCGGACUGGCACAGCCUCCAUAGUGAGACGGCAAUCCACUCUAGCAGAUAAACUUCGUGCAGUUGUAUCUGGAGAUGCCGAUAAGAAGUCACACCCAGAUCGAGCUCAUAAUGUCGAGUUGGACACCCAAAGUCCCAAGUUCAAUGAAAUGUUUGUAAUGCCUAAACGCAAACUGCGAGGACAACUAUUGAUAGAACGAGCGACUGGGCGAGCCACUUAUGUUCAGAGCAGUCGACCAGAUAUUCAUGAUCGUUUGUCUGUUCGAAGGCCUAGAAGCGAAGAAAUGAGCACAGAUCAGGACUGGACAGCAGUCUGGCCAGCAGCAAGAUCUUUUGCCUCUUCUGUCGUGCCUCUCCCUGUUAGAAUGGGCACACGUCCAGACCCGGAAAAGCGAGCCCCUUUCAAGAAGCAGGAUAUCUAUCUUAGGGUUUCGAACAUCUAUUGUUAUGAUAAUCUGCGUAGAUCGUUGACUACGACGUUGACGCAGUCUUCAUGGAUAUCCGGCAAUCUGGAACUUGUAAAGAUCCCAAAUUUUCUUCAUUUGACGCCGGCUGCCAUUGAGAAACAUUGUAAUGCUAUUAAAAAGUUCUGCACUGAAUUUCCGCAGGAGCUCGUUGAGGAUAAAAAGUUGGCAGAAUCUGAGUUUCCAAUGAAAAUAAGCUACAACACCUAUGUUCAUCAAGGAACAAAUAUUAGAGAUAACCGAGCUCGAGUGAUCACAUUACAGGUAAAACUCUCAGCACUCUCAUUGUCUCCCCAUGCAAAAGAUAAGCUUAUUCGUCUUGCUGGCGACCGUUAUGAUGAGAAAACAAAUACAUUGACUGUCAUCACCGACAGGUGCAUCACCCGGAAACAAAACCUAGACUAUGCUUUUUAUUUAUUGACUGCCAUUUAUCACGAAGCUUGU